AUGGGUUGGAGGACAGGUGAUAGGGCUGAUGAGGGGUUGUCACUGAAGCCCUGGCAUGUCCGCUUCCAGGUGCCCUUGCCUGAGCUGCUCAGCCUGAUGUGUAAGCCCGACCACACCUCGGCCUUCGUGGUGCUGAGUGAGAGUGCCACGGAGGUGGCUCUGAGGGCCCAGGCCCAGGGCAAGGCCCCUGACAUCCACCAAAGAACGUUUGAGCUCAUCUCCCCACAGGGCCUCCUCAUCCAUCUUGCGCUGUGCGCCCUGAAGCCCUACAGGGGAAAUGGGUUUGGAGUCAGCGCCCUGAGGCUCCUCCUCACCCUGAAUACUGCCAUGCACGAAAGCGUGGGCCCACUGUGGGAGAAGGAGAUCCCCGAGAUGCUGGAGAUGCUGUAUGAGCACACAGAGAGAUGCCUUGAUCAGGACGCGUGGGAGGCCAGGCUGCUCCAGUUUUCCAGCCAGUCAUUGCUGGCCAUCGAGGAUGUCCACUGGCUGGAGGAAUUCACACUGGCCAUCCUGGAGAGGAUACAGGAUGGCAGGGAUGAGGAAGAGCAGAAGGCUUUCCUGUACAGAUUAUUUGGCUUCACCCUGCGGACCUCAAGGAAUCUGAAACUGGUACAGAAGAUGCUGCCUGCCAUGCUAAACACCUCCCAAGAGGAGCCGGAAGAGAGGGAGGGCAUCGCCAAGGCACUAGCUGUUGUGUCCCUGGAACACCUGACGGUGGUUCUGGAUGAACUGGAAGUGUACGGCACUAAACUCACUGACAGGGACACGUCGUCCAUCCUCAAACUGGCCAAGGAGUAUCAGCAAAGGGAGUGGGGGCUGGUCUGCCACACCAUCUACCUAAGCUACGGCAUGAUGAUGUCUGUGGCCAAGGACACCCUCUCCUGCCAUGUGGACACCAUCCUGGCCUUGGCCGUGCAGCAUUACCAGGAGUGCAUUGUGAAGAAGGACGAGGCUCUGAAACUUGAGUACCUGGAUGCGCUGACCCAGAUGACAAGCAUCCUGAGCACCCAUCCCAUUCCCUUGCCAUGCAAGUUUCCCCACAAACAGGACCUUGUGACCUCUAUGGCGGUCCCCUUUUCUCUGGUGUCUCCCUGGUUCUUGCUCUACCUACUGCUCUGUCUCCACCAUCUCUCUCUCUCUGUACCAUCGGUCUUCCUUUCCCCAACUGUCCUGUCUGGCCACCGCUCUCUGCUCACACUGUGCUUCACUCUGGACCUUAGCAAGCUUGAACCAGCCUUGGAGUCGGAUAGUAUAGCAGAGCUCCUUCUCACAUGCUGCGACAGUGUGCUCUGCCUUCCCCCCUCGGAUGGCCUGCAGGAGGCGGCCUCGGAUCCCACUGAGGAACUGCUCAGGAGAAGCCUGCAAUCUCUCCAGAGGCUCAUGGUAGCACUCGUCACUGAGAGGCCCACUCAGAUCCAGUCCUGCUUGGAGCUCCUCGAGAUGUGGCUAAAUUCUCAGAAGGACCAUGAGCGGGAACGGGCCGUGUCAUGUGCUUCUUACGUUCUCAGCUUUACUGUAAAAAUGAAUAACUUCGAAGGGGAAAUUCAGUUCACCCGACUAGGGCACCUGGUGAGGAUGCUGGCCAUACACUGCCAGGACCCCGUGGACAGCGUCUGCAUCUUGUCUGCCGAAGCCGUCUACAGCCUCUACUGUGUCCUCCUGCUGCAGAAGAAGAUGUCAAGGAAAUCAGAAAAGCACUUGGAAGAAGAGGCCAAGAGAGAAGCCUACAGUGCCAACACCUUCUAUAAAAACACCUUUCAAAUUGGCAGGGUGGAGGAAAUAGCGGAGGGAAUCCUCCAGUGGCUCAGCAGGAGUCUGAAGCCCGGCACGAAGGAGGAGACCCUGCAGGCCAUGUGCUCCCUGGCAGGAAGCAACACCUGCUCUGUCGUCCCCAUGCUGCUCAGCAAGCCCCUGCCCUGGGACAGCACCACUCUGGCCCUGUGGAAGGCAUUUGGCCCCCAGCGAGACACAGCUCUCAAUGUCCUGCAGCUGCUCACUGACUUCCUGGAAAUAAGCCACUACAGAGAAGACACAGGGGAGAUGGACACCCAGCCUGUGGUGGUCAGCACAUGA